AUGACUACAAAAUCAGCAGUUUGCAUGUUAACAUGCCUUCUUCAGCUAUGCAUUGUAAAUGGGCAGGUGAUAUGUGAGAGGCAAAUCACUGCUGAAUGGCGAGUGGAACCCAAACCUAGUAUAGUAAAAUGGACACCAAGGGAAAACAUCUGCUCAGACUUUUACACUGAAUGCUGGAAUACGAAUAAAAGCAUUACAGGGGAAAUCUUAGAAGAACAAAAUCUCAGCAUCCCUCAGAUAUGUCCCUUACAACUUCAGUUAGGUGAUAGCCUCUUCAUCUCCUCUGAGCCGUCCUUUCAGUCCUAUGGAAUGAACUUGGUAAAUGUCUCCAAGGAAGAAUUUAUUAGCUGCCCUAAAGCCAGGUUUCCUCAAGAGCAGUUGAUUUUUGUUUGCCAGAUAAGAGGGCUGCACCAGGUUGACCCUAACUGGCUUGAUGUUGGAACUCAUUACUUUGCAGAGCUUCAUAAGAGAGGCCCGUUAUUGUGCAACAUGGGCCUUCGUCUGAACGUAACUGUGAAGCAGCAGUUUUGCCAGCAGUCUCCGAAUGCACCGUUGUGCUCUGGACAUGGAAAAUGUCUAAGCCACGUUUGGGAAAAAGCAUACAGUUGCCAUUGUUUCUCACAGUAUUCUGGAAGAUUCUGCCAGAAGUUUGAUAUAUGCUCCGCUAAACCUUGCCACAACAAUGGCUCCUGCACUGAAAAAUCAGAACUUUCUGGAGAUUCUUACGAAUGCACGUGUCCUCCAAAAUUUUCAGGUAAAAAAUGUACAGAAGUAGUUGGACAGUGCCAGCCACAUACUUGUUUCAAUGGUAACUGCAGCAACGUUACUCCAAACACUUUUCUUUGUGAAUGUGACAAGGGCUUUACAGGUCCAUUUUGUGAGGAAUCUGGUGAUCCCUGCACAUCUCAGCCAUGCCUGAAUGGGGGUAUAUGCCAAUAUAAUCAGACUGGAUAUUUUUGUGAUUGUCCUGCUGGUUUUCUUGGUCACAGCUGUGAAAUUGAUAUAAAUGAAUGUUCUUCAAGGCCAUGUCAGAACGGAGGUUCAUGUAUCAAUAUGCCAAAUGAUGUGACAUGUAUCUGUCUGCCAAUAUUCACUGGCAAGUUCUGUGAGAAAAUACUGAAUCCAUGUGAAUUAUUGCCUUGCUUAAACAAUGCAACUUGUGUAGCUCAACAGCAGAACUAUAACUGCCG